UAAUAAACUCUACCUAUAAAGUGCGAACUAGGGUUUGGGAGAAUUGGCAUCACCGAACAGAACAGAACAGAACGAAGCUAUCGAUCGCCUUAAGGACGCCAGGUUGAUGGAAUUCUCAGAUGUAUCCUCUGAGUUGUUGUUCAGUAAUCUGGGCGAGAACUUGGUAGUUGAAAUCCUGGCCAGGCUCCCCUGCAGAACAGCAAUCCGGUUGAAAUUGGUAUGCAAGACAUGGUGUUCUCUUAUUUCUUCUCAGUAUUUUAUUACUUUAUUCAAUCACCGCCGCCAUGACCCAUCCCUUCCGCCAAUUCUUCAUUCAUCGUCUGCCUGCAUUAUAUUCCAAUCUCAGAUUGACCCCUUUUCCCCGAUCGUUUGCGGUGGAUACCCCCACCCUGAUGCCAAUUUGUGCGGCUUCCGCAAGCUGGAUUUAAGUUUCCUUCCCUGUCCCGAUCCCCAACUCAGAAUUUAUUUGAAGGUUUCGUGUGCUGAUUUAAUUCUAUGCGCCCCCAUAUGCGUCCUCACCACCUUCCCCAAAUUCCUAUCCCUAUUCUAUGUCUGUAAUCUAGUAACCAAGCACUGGACUGCUCUUCCUCCUCCCCCCCAAUUCAAACUCAGUGAGAGGAAGAUGCCCAGAGCAAUGUCCUUUGGCUUACUUUGCGUUCCUGCGCCCUGUUCCCUUUGCACCACCCCUCAGCAAUCGCAAUGUGUAGACAAUUCUCGCUAUAAUUGUGUGGUGGUUCAAAUUUGUGUUUCCCCACCCGUUUCCAGGGGCAAAUACAGACUCCAACUCUUCUCGUCUCAGGAAUGGAAAACUCUUGUGAUCUCAUCACCAUGGCCCAUCAAAUCACUGUUUCUUCUCCGUUCUUCUGUCUUUCUUGUCCCCUAUAAAGGGAUGCUACAUAUGUUGCUUAGUGCGUAUAUUCUUGUGUAUGAUCCCUAUAAUUCUCCUGAAAAAAUUUCCCGUGCAAUUUAUAUGCCAACUGAUAUGGAAGCUGAGGGGUGUUGCGCCCAAACCCUUGGAGUAUUUGAGGAUCGUCUUCGUUUAACAUGCACUUCGGCUCUUCACUCAGAAAUCCCCAUAUAUUAUAUAUGGGAGCUGGAGAACUACGACAUGGGGAAGUGGAGUUUGGUGCGCAAGGUUUAUUUUAGAGGAGAUAUGUUUCUCUCCAACCUAGACCUUCUGCAUCCUAAUCUUGAUCCUAAAAUUAAAGACACAGGAUUUAACCACAUAGAUGGGAGUUAUUUUUAUUGGACCAAUUCUUCUGGGUGGUUCAUUGGUAAUGGAAUUAUUAAUUCAAUUACUCAUCAGUGGUGGCCAACACCAGUGCCACCACUAAUCCGCGGCUGCACAAUUCAAAAGAGAUAUAUUAAUUAAGGUCCAAGCUCAAGACAUGGGCAAUGGAUGAACAAGGGACAGUAAAACAGUCCUUACAGUCAGACAAUGACAAGGCUUCCUUAGCUAAACAAUGGGCAACCCUGUUCGCAGACCGUUUUGCAAAAAGAAAGCUCAAGUUAACAAAACUAGAAGUUAUGGAUCUAAUGUCUUCCAAAAUGAGAUCAAAAGAAGAAAAAGAGUCAUGCCCAUUCAAGAUUCCAUUCACUGCCUGGAGGCAGUCACUCUCAACUUGCAGGUUGUCAAGCUUUGAUCUUUAAUCCAUUUCAGCGUCUCACGUAUACCAAUUGCUUCCGCCUCAGAUGGUUUGAAAAGGCAGCCCAAGGUAGACUCCUAGCAGCAACAAAACAACCAGCCGAAUCGCGUAGAACAAAGUCGAACCCCAUCCUAUUAUUGUGUUGAUCAAGUGUUGCAUCAACAUUGAGCUUGAACAUUCCAAAUGGAGGUUUGGUCCAGGUAGUAGUAAUAAUAGAUGGCCUGGCAGUAGUGUUUUUGCAUAAUGGCAAAUAAAUGAAGCUGAUAAAACAGAUUGAUUCCAGA